CAAAGUCACAUGAUGUGUUUUAUAUUUAAUACUUCCUGAUUGGAAGAAAAGUGGACAAUGCCAGAGUUGACGAAGUAUGACGUUUGGACUAUAACAACAAACAGAGAUGUUAAGGAGACAAAUACUAAUAAAGAAUGAUUGCCGAAAGAAGAAAGCCAAUAGAGGACAGAAGAUGUUGCCACUGUAAAAACCUGAAUCUAGUCUCUACUCCAUAGCUGAAACAAUGGAGAAUUAUAAGAAACAGUUCACUAAACCUGAACACCAAAACUGGCUUAAAAUGUCAAUAGCAUUGAACAUAACAACACGGGGACUCGCUCCGUUCGCUUGUGAGAUCUGUGAUGACAUCCGCGUCAAAAGUUUAAACAUAAGAAUAAAGCAUUUUUUUCCUGACCUCUGUAAAAACUGCUCCAUUGUUGAAGUUAUACCGUGUGACCCAAAUAACAACAUAUGUAAUUCAGGACAAUGCCGCUUUCACAAGGGGCGUUCUUUUCGCCCAUGCCUUAUUGUAAAAUGUAACGACUAUCGCAACACUGUUACCGACCUUAUCCGUAAAGGGCUCGAUAUUGAAAUCAUUUGCAAUAGCUGCAGGACAGCAGAAAUUAUACCGUGUAAUCCAAGAAAUAAAGUCUGCAAUUCGAGAAGAUGCAGAUUUCAUAUGGAUCAACAUACAAGACAAAUCAUCUCUUCAAGGCCAUGCCCGAAAUUCAUUUGUAAUACGCUCCGGGACACCAUAGAACAGAGACACAGGUUUGGGUCUCCAUCAUGGAGGAACACCGAUGCAAGGAAAUGGUGUGUAAACGCAUGGGAAAUUGCCAAGUGCUUUAUGCCCCCAGAUGGCUACGCAGAUGUGGACAAUGAGGUCGACACUGACUUUAACGGGAUUAUAACUGUCUACAUUAACUGUGUCGAAUUUCAACAGUAUUUUACCGAUGACCUAUCCCGUCAACGCAAUAUAUGCUAUAAGGUUCGUGAUAUCGGAAAGUGUGUGCGCCAUGCUCCCGGAUUGAAUAUCUCUGACUGGGAUUUGAAAUUAUGGUUAUCUGAUCUGAAGACGUUAUUUGCUGACCCAAUCUUUAACAAAAACAAUCCCCUUGCGCAAGAUGCCAUCGACCAACUCGAUAUGUUGGAGAGAGACGAACUUUUGAUUCAACACUCUGAUAUCGCCGAAGUACUUGACAUUAAAAACGCAUUCGAAGAGUUGAGUUCUGGGUUAGAUAAAAGAGCAUCGGACAUAGGUGACGUAGUAGAUGAUAUAAUUGCCCCAGUUAAACACGAUGCUACAGACAGAGCCAUUCAAGACACAAGAGAGUUGAUUGAAUGGAAACAGGACGCCAUUGAUGACUUCAACGUCAUCACCGUGGAAGAAGCACUGACAAAGGAACCAUAUUAUAUCAUACGCUUUGCUGUGCAGGUGAUAAAAGAAGAAGCUUUGCAAUUGUUCACAAAGGAAGGGUUCUUGCUAUGCUUAAUGAAUGAUAAGACUGGAAGUGUUUGGCUUCUAGGGUACCUGCAGCAUGGACGACCACGUGCACAGAUUAAAUAUAGAAGUCUUCUUGGGAGAACCUUUAAACAUAAACUGGGGAAUGUUUCACAGUCCAAUUGCAAAGAGUGGCAGAGUUUUGAUGUACCACAGAACAUUCUUGAUGCUGCAAUGGAAAUACAUCAGCUGGGAAAAAAGAAUUUUGCCCAAAGAGAUCAAGCUGAUGUGAAACAACAGGCAAUAACGAAAAGUGAAAAUCCGGACUUCUUGGCUGAUAUCAACCUGACCGAGGGCUUCGAGGUUAAGGCAGUACAAUCAGAAGCUGGGACAAUGACACAAUUCAUGAAGAAAGACGUCGGAACCAUGACAGAACAUAGAGAUGAGUCAUCUUUGACCGACUCUUUGAAAUCUGAUUUGUUGGAACCAUGCGUAAGCGUUGGUACGUAUGAAAAUGACACAUCUUCGGCAGGCUCUGGGAAAACUGAUUUGUCGGAACCAAGCGUAGACUUUGGUAAGAAUGACAUACACGAUGAAGGUGCCAAACGUCUAACAAAAGAUGCAGUACAUGAAUCAGAUGACAUAUCUCCGAGAGACUCUGUGGAAACAUAUUUGUCGGAAUUAAGCGUAGACGUUGGUGUUGACAUACAUGAAGAAGGUGCCAAGCGACUAUCAAAACAUGAAGUGGAUGAAUCAGUAACCAACAGCUGGAACCAGAGCUUUCGAUAUGGAAAAAAAUACAUCAGAAGUCUGAUCCGGAAAUAUCUUCCGCCACCAGAUAUUUUGAAUGAUUUGUGUUACUGCUAUGGGAGGAAGUCCAAGAUAAUUAAGGACAUGUGUGAAGCUGUCCUUUUGCAAAUUAAAGAGACGAUAGAAGCGCUACCUGGCUGUUUGGACAUAGUGGCUGAUAUCUACCCAUCAUAUACCAUUGAAUCAGAAAAUCACAUUGUUUUUUUGGUAACAUUGAAAGAGCAAGUCGAUACGACCCUUUUCAAAAAGUAUAUUCCAUUUGCUACUGAGUAUCGUGUGAUUGGAUAUUACACCACUGAAGCUAAGUCGAUAUACAAAAGCGAAAUUUUUACACCGAUGACAGCAAGGGACCAGCUAAAAGUAAAACAAUGCAUCAAUAUGCAUUCCAAGGACCUUUUUAACAAACAUAGGUACUUGAGCAUUAUUACUGCAAAUGUAGUAAAGUCACGGGGAUUCAAAACAAACAGCCAUGUUCAAGACAAACAGCUUUGUAUAGUGUUAUUCGUUCAUGCUAAAGGGUUCGUUCCGAUUGCCGAAGAUCCAUUUUUUGAUGCAUAUGACGAAAUUGCUAUAGAUGUGCUGGAAGGAGUUUUUAUUCCUUAUGGGAACACUUCACUUGAGUUCCACCAAGAUGUGAAAAUGGGCUGCAAAAUUAUGCGGAAUUGCGAUAAUGGUGGAACCCUCGGGGGUUUUAUCGAUCACCACACGCAUGGAUUAGUCGGUCUCACCUGCGCACAUGCCUUGUUACAUCAGAAAGAAUUAGAAAGUUGUCUAAAACAUAGAGCUAAUUUACGUUUGAGUGACUGGCCAACGGAAUAUCGUGAAAAAGGAAAGAGACACGUCUUUCAGCCAGUGGAAGACCCAAACCGAGGUCCAUUAGGGCAGAUAGUUGAAGCAGUGUACUGCCACGGAGGAGAAAACCAAUCCGGGGUAGAAGCGGUUUUAUUUCGAGUUGAAAGCCAGUUUCCUCUGUCGGGUGGAUUUCCCUCCGUAAAGAAACAUGAUGCAAUUAACGAUACAUUGUUUUCAUUUGGAAGUGGUCGAAUAUGUGGUCCAACAGCACUUCAUGGUAAAGAGGUAGCCAAAUUUGGUGCGAAAACUGAGUUAACCAAAGGCUUUGUGGAAUUUGAAGAGUCAUUUAUUUGUGUCAAGACGAUUGACUUUCCAUGGACGGUUGGUUCUUUGCAGAUGGUUUUAUUCAAUCAAAACCAAGUCCGCGCCAUUGAUGGUGUGUUUGCAUACCCAGGGGACUCCGGUGCACUUGUUUUUGGUUAUGAUUUUGAAGAGGUCGUAGCUAUAGGAAUGGUUGAGGGAGGAGAAAUCGGCAGCCAGAUUACUGUUGUUUCCCCAAUUGGAAGUAUUUUGGAAAGAUUCAAUACUCGAAAAUUUAAGCAGUUCGAUAACAAAGACAAAGAAAAUUCAAACCGAAUGAUUAGAAUUGAACAGAAAUUAGACGAACUCUCUUCUCUUGUUAAGCAGCAUGAUGACAUACUACAACCAAAAAAGAAGACAUAAAGCUUUGCUGGAUCGAUACUUUUAUACAUAUUGGUAACGAGAAUAAGUGUUCGGUUUAGUGUACAAUCGCACCAUAUUUCACCGAGUGAGCACCAAAUGUUAGACUUCAUGCGUGGCGUUAUUUUCUUUUGACUAUUUAAGAGGUGAAAACUAUUGCAACCGUAUACUCAAACAAACAAUGUUUCUUUUUAUUUUAUGAUAAAAAAUAUAUACAAUGACAGUUUAGUGAAGGUUUUUAGAAAAGUGUGCAUUAUGUAUGCUCACGUACCGACAUUUCCGACACGACUCAUAGAAAUAGUGUCUCAGCCAUGUGCGUGCUGACGUUUGAUUCGGAAGUUUAAAGAGUGAAAUAUUUGUUUCACUAAUAAUCUCUAUGAUUCACCAGGGAAGAUUUGUUUAAUAUGAGGGCUUUUUGCUAUGUGAGGCUCUCUUUAUUCAAUGUAACAAGCAAUUGUUCCUCUCGUUAACCAUGCUUUAUAUUUUUUUGCCAUUUUUUUCGAAAACUUAUAUUUUUGCAGUUAAGAAUGAGAGAUUUCGAAAACAUGGGUUUGCCAUUAUCUUUGCUAUUCUUUUGCAAUUCCUUAAAUUUUAUUCGCAUGUAAAUUAACUUAAUCUUAAAACAAUUUGAAUAUUUGCCAUACGCAAUUUAGUCGUUUGACUUUCCGACACUUUUCCUACGUUAUUAUCAAGACAUACUCCUUGAUUAUCCAAACUUAAGUUUUAUGUUCAAUGUCUUCAACUGAUUAAAUUUGAAUUGAAAGCACUUAAAUAUUAGGUGUCAAAGUAACACAAGGUCUUACCAAAACUGAGAAAAUAGAUUGUUGCAUCUUGUGCACAUUUAACCGUUUCCAUUAAAACCAUAGUCUACUCCAAGAAGAUUCAAUUUUAGGGACAAAUAUGUUACACCUCAAAUGAGUAUUUUGAAAAACAUGCUUUAGACUUCAGAACUGUAGCUAAUGUAAUUAAGAUAACCAGUUAACAGGAUUCCUGGUUGAAAUACAAAGCAUAAAAAAAACAAUAUAUAAUCUUAAAAAUAUACUGUAGGAUAAUGUUCACUAUGGAAAGUUUCCUUUGAAACGUCUGUGGAAGAAAAUAAAUAAUCUCAUCAUGCUUUGCAGAAAAUGAGUUUUCUUUCAUUUUUUCAGUGAUGUAUGAUACAAUUGUUUAACAUAAGUUUAAAAAAGCACAAUUGUUUAACAUAAGUCUAAGAAAGCACAUAAUUUUUAUGGGAUAUCAUAACUUAUAUCCCGUUUUAGUUAUAAAUUUAAAUCGAAAGUUUGUUUUAAAGUGUUUAUUCACAUCAGCCGUAUAAUGCAACUUCAAGCAUAAACAAAAUUAGAUUAUGACGAUAGGAUUUAGAGAAAAUACAUAUUUUCAAUGUUAGAUUUGCAUUGAUUUUCAUUAUUGAGAAAAUGUUAAUUAAUUGAAAAUCGUGUUGCCAAGUCAAAACAAAUUUUAUCAAAUCAAACCUGAUAUCUCAACAGUUCCCAUCUGAUUAUUUCGAUACAAAUGAAAAAACAUAGAUGUUUGAGGUUGUUGGUUAUGUGCUAAAGUUGAAGACUUAUGAAAACAUAAUAUGUAAGGAUGAGUGUCAAGAAGUAUGUUAUUAUUGUAAAUGUUAAGUCAAUUAUUUUUCAAUUUUGAUAUGCAAUGCAAGUGUAUCUUGUAAUAAUCUUAGUUUUUUUAUAUGCUGCCUCUUAGAAUUACAUUUUAUUCUUAAAUAUAUAUACGUUUAUGACACACAGAAUAUAAAUAUGGUGAAAAAAAUUGAAUACAUCACAUGUACAAACAUAAUACUAUGAUAUAUAUACAACUGGCUAUACGGCUGUCAAGGCCAACUCCGUGGCAUUUGUCACGUUCCUGUAACAGCUCUUGUUUUAAUAAGGAAAAGAAAGUUCUUUAGGAUCAGUAUCAAUAUCCUAAAUUACCUGUGUCAUAUUUUUAUUGUAUUUUCAAGUUGGUUGAGCAAGCCCGGCAUAAUCUGAACAACUGUCGAAUGUGUAUUUUUCAAUCGUCCUAUUACAUCUUAUUAUUGUAUAUUACAAAUGCUUUAUUUUAUAAUAUGUUCAAGUGUGUUGAGUAUGCCCAGCUCCAUUUGAAAUGUCGUGUAUACUGAACACGUGUAUAUUUUAUUCCAACGUACAACUGCAUGUCAAUGUAAUAUGAAUGCUUUAUAUUGCAAAUGCCAUCUUUAAAAUCGUUGAAGUGACUCAGCAUGCCCGGCUUCAUGUGAACUGGCAUGUGUGUUAUUAUAAUUCGACAUACACAUUCAGAUUGAUUUACACAAUCAGUGAUUAUAUUGCCCUUGUCGUGUUUUAUGUCGUCAUUAUUGUUGAGCAAGCCUUGCCUCUUCUGAACUGGCACAUGUGUAUUUUCUUAUGUCACUAUCCCAUGUUAAGUUGUUGAACAUCUAAACAUGCAAUGUUGUUGCUGUGCGUUAAAUUGAUUAAUGAUUUAAAUUGCGUUCAACAGGUGUAUCGUUUUAAUUACAAAUGAUUGAUUGCCCAUACACAUUUUUAUAUAUUAUGCUGUAUUAUGAUAAUCUGAUGAAUAUAUGAUCGUUUGAUUUUAUGCCCCCCGUCAAAGAAGAGGGGUAUAUUGCUUUGCACAUGUCGGUCGGUAGGUCGGUCGGUCGGUCGGUCGGUAGACCAAAGCUUGUCCGAGUGAUAACUCAACGAUUCCUGGCUGUAUGGUCAUCAACCUUGACAUAAAGGUUUGGCCUAACCAGUAGAUAACCCCUAUUGAUUUUGGGGCUCAUCGGGUCAAAGGUCAAGGUCACAGUGACCUUUAAUGGUAUUUUUUAAAGCUUGUCAAAGUGAUAACUCAACAAUACCUAGACCUAUGGUCAUCAAACUUGAUAUGGAAGUUGGGCCUGACCAGUAGAAGACCCCCUAUUGCUUUUGGGGGUCAUCGGGCCAUAGUUCAAGGUCACAGUGACCUUGAACGGUAAAAGUUUGUCCGAGUGAUAACUCGACAUUGCCUGCACCCAUGGCUCUCAAUCUUGACUUGGAGGUUUGGCCUGACCAGUAGAUGACCCCUUUUGAUGUGAGUUGUCAACGGUUAAGGUCAAUGUCACAGUGAAAGCAAACUUGACAAUUCCUGGACCUAUGGUCAUCAAAAUUGACAUGAAGGUUGGGCCUGACCAAUAGAUGACCCCUCUUGACUUUGGGGGUCAUCAGGUCAAAGUCACAGUAACCUUUAACACAAAAAGUUAACAAAUCUUCUCCCAUUGAUAUCUCAACAAUGCCUAAACCUUUGAUCAUCAAACUUGACAUGGAAGUUGGGCCUGACCGGUAGUUGACCCCAUCUGAUUUGAGGGUUCAUCGGGUCAAAGGUCAAGGUCACCUUGAACGAAAAAUGCUUGUCUGUGUAAUAACUUGUCCAUGCCUGCACCCAUGGCCCUCAAACUUGACAUUUAGAUUUUUUGUGACCAGCUGAUGACUCCUAUGGAUUUUGAGGUCAUAGAGUCAAAGGUCAUGGUCAUAACAUACUCUAUCCUCACACUUUGAAUGGUUAUAAUCUUAAAACUGCCCCAACAAGUUCAAUGUCAGUGACAAAUCAGCUGUCAUUUUGGUCCAAGCAUAUUUCUUUCAAUUGUCCAUAUAAUCCUGACAACAUUGGGCUAAGCUGGGGCAUAAUGUUUGACAAACAUCUCUUGUUAUUAAUUAGCUUUGAUUUUCAUAAUGAAACGGUUUCAAAUAUUAGAUUAAUAAUAAAGAUAAAAAAUA